AUGGCGACCCGUCCCUGUGGAACAGGAAACCAAGAUGUCGAAAUGAAGGACAUUGGCGGCUCAGCAGAGGCCACAGACAAUCAGGAUAUGAAGAUGAAACAAAGCGGGCGUCCAACACUGAGCGCAGAGCAAAUAUCGGAUCCUCGAGAGAGCCGUCGGGCGCAAAAAAUAAACAAAAACAAGAAGCGACUAGCUAGACGGGAAUUUGAAAAAAGGUUCGAAAAAUUAAGCAUUGCGACGAAGGUGCAGAAGAAGAAUGAACCAGAGGAGGAACGGAAACACAAGGGGAUCGAGGAACAUUUGGCGAUGCUGAAUAUGAAGGAGGGCGAGGAUCAGAAUAAGGGUGGAAAGGGAAACAAAGAUGGAAUGGGUGGAAGUGGAUGA